CGCGGCGCGCAGCGAUUAAAACCAUACCGUAUUCGUGACUUUUUAAAAAUUGCCAGCCGCUUCCGAAACUCGUUCGCUGGACCUAAAUCGCGUCGCCUGGACUCGUACAAUCGUCCCGAGCUCGCGAGAUGCAGUCCAAGCAUUGAUAUUUGCAGUGCAAGCCUUCGGAAUAGACUCGCCAUCUUGCGAAACGUAUGCAAUAGCGAGAGAAGAGGCCAAGUGCAAGUGACACAGUAUCGGUCGCAACAAUAACAAAUUAUGCUUUCUUGAACCCUUCGUAAUUCACACUUUUUCAAGGCGAAAAAUUUUUACGAAAUAAUAGAUUCGGUUGAAAAAUCGUUUCCUUUUAAAUAGCGGUAAGGAAAUUAUUUAGCCCUUAAAGGAAACAAGUGUGCUGCGCCAGUGCGUCUUUACUCGAGUGUCUCGACUGUUCAGGCGUGCGAUCAAGUCCAAAACCCAGGAUACUUAAAAAUGGACAAUGAAGCACUCAACAACAUCGAUGAUGAGUCAGAGCCUUUAAAAGGGCAAAAAAUUCCACAUAUCGACGAAAAAACACAAUCUCCAGCGAAGACGCCUGAAAUGGAAGAACCAUCAAUCGAAGAACAACAAAAUGCUCUACCAAAAGAUAAAUUAUAUCAUUGGCAAGCAUGUCAAAUGGCUAAAAGUCUAAUUGACAAUACUAUAAACAAAUCACUAGAAAACUACCAAAGAUACCCAAAUGUUCCCAGUUCAGCUGUUUUUGAAGACCCAUGGUAUCACCUGCUAAAAGGUAAAAAAGUUGAAGAUACAGCAAUAACAAUGGCUAUUAGAGAACAUGGUUUAUCACGUGCAUCUGCCUCUACAUCAUUACAACCACUAACAUCUCUAGAUGAUGGAACUUCUGAUAAUGUUGAAGGUGAAUAUUCUGAAGAUUCUCAUUACAAUUUUGAUAACCAAGAAGCAAUUAUUGAUAGAGCAAUCGCAGAAGCCAUUAAUCAGAAAGGGUUGAGCGUCCUGGGAGCUGAUAACGGUUAAUUAAGAUUUCACAAAAAUUGUAUACAUUCUUUUUUAGUUAUUAUUCAAUAUAGCAAUAGCUAUGUGAAUAUGAACGCUUGUAAGUAUUUUUUUUCUUGCUCAUAUCAAGUAUCUCAAAAAAAAAUCUAUUAAUAAAAGAAAAGUAUUUUAAAUAUUUGCUGAUGAUAACUGAUAAUAUCUGAUCAGAAAUAAUUAACUGCAAUACAUUUUUUGUGAAUUCAUGUAAAAGUUCAAAAUUGUUUAACUGAGCUCGAAGAAUUCAUAUAUUGAAAAUAUAGUAUAUGGAUUUUUGGAAAUUCAAAAAUUUCAGCAAAAUGCAUUCAAAGUGCAAAGCCAUACAUCUAAUAGUCAUUUUUCACAAAACAGAAGUUAGUAAGAUAUUAUUGUAACUAGAAGAAAAUCUUCCAAAUUCUUUGAAAAUGCCUCUUAACUAUUAAUAUUCUUAUUGCAAUUUAUAUAGAGUCAUAUAUUUUAUUUAUGUAAACAAAAUAUAAUCUGUCAAGUAUACAAAGAUAUACAAUUAAGCUGUUAAAAGUAAUUCUGAAAAAUUACUUUUUUUUGGUGAAAAAUAUAAUGCAUCGAAAUAUUCUGCAUUUGGAGAGUGAUAUUGUUCAAAAUAUAUAAACUUCAGCUAAUGCUGAAAUUCCUACAUAAAUAUAGAAUAAUACUAUAAGAUAUAGCUAUAGACUGAAUUAAUGUAAAAUAUUUAUUAAUUAUUUUAAGAUG